CCUUCUCCUCUACUGUGUGGCUCCUUGCUCUGGCCUUAACGAGCAUUAGCUACUUAAAUAAUAGACAACAACAGUGAAUUCGGGAAUCGGGAUACAAACACGAACAUGGAUUUAUUCCCGCCACAUUAUACGAAUGGAUUAUAAACGCACAGGAUUCCGUGAAUGAAGAUGCCUAAGGCUGGGAGGUAGAGCCCCCCCACCAGAGAGAGCUUGUUCCAGGGCUGGGGCUGGACCCAGAGACCCCUGUCUGGGGGUUGCAGGGCCCUACAGCCCUGUGUGAGUCUGGACUAUGGGGGAUAGAGGAGUCGGUGCAACUGGAGGAGAUGGGGUGAACAAGUCCCAUGUCCUGUUCGACAAGUUUGUCCAGGGGACCACGUUCAAGGGCACGCUCAAGGCCUUCCAGGACCUCUGUGACCAUCUGGAAGUCAGGCCUGGCGAGUACAGGAUCUUCUAUCACAAGCUCAAGUCCAAACUCAACUACUGGAAGGCCAAGGCACUCUGGGCAAAGUUAGAUAAGCGGGCUUUUCAAAAGGAGUAUAAGAAAGGCCGUGCCUGUGCCAACUCAAAGUGUGUAAUCAUUGGUGCGGGGCCAUGUGGCUUACGUACAGCCAUCGAGCUGGCCUUCCUGGGGGCCAAAGUGGUGCUGCUAGAGAAGAGGGAUGCCUUCUCUCGGAACAAUGUGCUGCACCUCUGGCCCUUCACCAUCCAGGACCUCAGGGGCCUCGGGGCCAAGAAGUUCUAUGGAAAGUUCUGUGCUGGUGCUAUCGAUCAUAUCAGUAUUCGUCAGCUUCAGUUGAUUCUGCUCAAAGUGGCUCUCCUGCUGGGCAUUGAGAUCCAUGUCAACGUGGAAUUCAAGAGUCUCAUUGAGCCCCCAGAAGAUCAAGAAACUGAAAGGAUAGGCUGGAGGGCCGAGGUCCACCCCAGGACACACCCUGUCAACGAACUCGAGUUUGAUGUCAUCAUUGGAGCAGAUGGAAGGAGAAACACGCUACCAGGGUUUCGGCGUAAGGAGUUCCGGGGCAAGCUGGCCAUUGCCAUCACUGCAAACUUCAUCAACAGGAACACCUCAGCGGAGGCAAAGGUCGAGGAGAUUAGCGGGGUGGCCUUUAUCUUCAACCAGAAGUUCUUUCAAGACCUCAGAGAAUCCACAGGUGUUGACCUGGAAAACAUUGUCUACUACAAGGAUGACACGCACUACUUUGUGAUGACUGCCAAAAAACGGAGCCUGAUGGAGAAAGGAGUCAUUCUGCAUGACUAUGCGGACACGGAGAUGCUGCUGUCCAGAGCUAACGUGGACCAGGCUGCCCUGCUGUCUUACGCCUGUGAGGCCGCCGACUUCUCAACUAACCACCAGCUGCCCACACUGGACUUUGCCAUCAACCACUACGGCCAGCCCGACGUAGCCAUGUUCGACUUCACCUGCAUGUACGCUUCAGAGAACGCCGCCAUGGUGCGCCAACGCAACGGCCACGCGCUGCUGACGGGGCUCGUGGGCGACAGCCUGUUGGAGCCCUUCUGGCCCAUGGGCACUGGUAUCGCCCGAGGAUUCCUGGCAGCCAUGGACUCCGGCUGGAUGGUGAAGAGCUGGGCGCAGGGAAAAACUCCACUCGAAGUUCUAGCUGAGAGGGAAAGUAUAUACCGUAUCCUGCCCCAAACCACGCCAGAAAACAUCAGUAAGAACUUCAGUCAUUACAGCGUGGAUCCAACCACACGUUACCCCAACAUUAGCCUUAACUUCCUCAAGCCAAGCCAAGUGAGGCACUUCUGCGACACAGGGGAGGCCAGGGAAAUGUGCAUCGAAACGGAGAAUGUGAUCAACUCGUCGACACCCAAGUUGGCCAGGAAUGAAUCCAUAGCUAGAUCCAGUAAGCUGCUGAACUGGUGCCAGAGACAAACGGAGGGAUACAGGAAUGUUAAUGUAACGGACCUUACGAUGUCUUGGAAGAGCGGUCUGGCUCUGUGCGCCCUCAUUGACAGAUACAGACCGGACCUCAUUGACUUUGUUUCCCUGGACGAGCGCAACCAGGAGAAGAACAACCAGUUGGGUUUCGACGUGGCGGAGAGGGAGUUCGGCAUCUCGCCCUGCAUGACUGGCAAAGAGAUGUCCUCUGUGGUGGAGCCAGACAAGCUCUCCAUGGUCAUGUAUCUCAGCCAGUUCUAUGAGAUGUUUAAGGACACAGUGCCACCCGGAGAUAACCACAACAUGAGUCCUGAGGAGAAGGCAGCCCUGAUAUCCAGCACUAAAUCCCCCAUCUCCUUCCUUAGCAAACUGGGUCAGAGCAUAGCAAUAUCCAGAAAACGAAAUCCCAAGGACAAAAAGGAGAAGGAUGUGGAUAGUUUGGGGAAGAGAAGGAAAACCAGCCAGUCUGAAGACGAGGAGGUAUCCAGGUCCGGUCGCAACGACAGGCCUUCAGUCCCAGCUGUCGUGAUAGAAAGAAAAAUGGAGUCCUGUGCUUCGGGGAACCACAACAAAGUCAAAGUCAUGGCCACCCAGCUGCUGGCCAAGUUUGAGGAGAACGCUCCACAGCCUUCAGGACUCAAACGACAGGGGGACUCGCUGCCCAAUCUGGACCAACUUUUGCCCACUAGCCCACCCCAAAGCCCUGUGAAUGAGCCAGUGCGCCUGGCGCCUGUCCCAGCAUGGAGAAAGAGACGCACUCAGCAGCAGGAGCAGCUGAGCAUUCGCUACAAAGAAAUGAUCAAGGGUCAGCCCAACAGAGGGGAGCAGGCCAGAAGUGGUGCAGACCAAGUGUCCAGCUCGGGCUCUCGGAGCUGCCCAAAGAAAACCAUUCUGCUCCCUUCUUCCUCCUCCACUUCUUCGCUCUCUCUUCACUCAGAGCAUUUGCGUAAAAGUCCGGAAGAAGAGACUCUUGAAUACUACGAGAUGCCUCUGAAUUACGGGGAAGGGAAGCUGCCGCACCUGACUGAGCCAAAACCCAUUCACAUACCUGGUAUACAGGAGAGGGCUGACCGCCUAAUCUCCAGGUUUAAGGGCAAACCUGACAGACCACCAAAGCCUAAGACAAAGCCGUCCCGUUUCUUUAUAGAGCAGUGGCACUUGUCCAGUGGCGGGACUGACAGUCCUGGUUCACCACUUUCCUCUCCUGAAUCUUCCAGAAAGGAGCAAGCAGGGCCUCUGCACACAGAUGAUGAAAUGCCCUUAUAUGUGCUUAGUAUUCAGGAGAGGGCUAAGCGACUUGCCUCUCAGUUUGAGGACAAGCCAGCCCAACCAAAGCCUAAGAACAAACCCUCCCGUGUUGUUAUGGAACAAUGGCACCUGGCUCGAUCUCAGUCCCCCCCUGGUUCUCCCCCCUCCACCUCUGACUCCCUGAGACAGCGCUAUGUAAGGUUGUACACAGGUGGAGUUAGCUCAUUGGCUGAUCAGAUAGCCAAUCAGCUUCAGUCUCAGGAAGAUCCUAAGCUCCUACCUGAAAAGAAGGAUUUGGGCUCUUUGAGAAAAGAGUUCCCCGUCAACAUCGGUGGCAGCGAUGUGUGCUUUUUCUGUCGAAAGCGUGUGUACGUGAUGGAGAGGCUGAGUGCAGAGGGGAAGUUCUUCCAUCGGAGCUGCUUCAAGUGCGAAUACUGCAACACAACACUACGACUGUCCUCCUACGCCUUCGAUGUGGAGGAUGGGAAAUUUUACUGCAAGCCCCACUUCUGUUACCGACUGUCUGGCUAUGCUCAGAGGAAGAGGCCCGCCCCCUCGCCUACUCCAAUCACUGCUAAGGAGAACCAGGCGCCCCAAACUCCUACAGCGACCGUGGAUGCCCCCGGGAGGGCGAUGGCAGCGGCGUCCCCCUCAGCCGAGCUCCAGCCCUCAGCCCCGGAGGUCAACGGUCUGCAGGAGCCCAGCCUAGCGAAGCGUCUGCGGGGAACUCCAGAGCGCAUCGAGCUGGAGAACUACCGGCUCUCCCUGCAGAGGGAGGAGGAGCUGGAGGAGGUGCCUGAGGAGACGCUGGCAGAACACAACCUCAGCAGCGUGCUAGACAAGGGCACGGACGCUGACGACCUGGGCUCCAGUAGCUCAGAGUCAGACAUGGAGGAGGAGGAUGAGGAGCAGGAGGAUGCGGAGGAGGGGGAGCAGCAUCCUCUCAGCCCCUCAGACCUCGGCGGGGUUCCCUGGAAGGAGGCGGUGGAGCUCCACGCUAAACUGAGGGGCGAAGAGGGAGACGACGUGGGCGAGGCCCUCGAUGAUGCUGUCAGCAGAGACGGGGAAAUAGAUGAAGAAGACGAAGAGGAGGAGGAUGAUGAGGACGAAGAUGAGGAGGAGUCAAGCGAUGAGGGCGAUUACUGCCCCUGGGAUAGAGAGCUCACGUCUGGCCUUUGGCUGGAGAAGCACCUCACAGAGGAAGACGAUGUUGGUACAUUUAAAGCCAGGAGCAUACAGAUCCAACAAGUCCUGCAGCCUGUGGAUCCCACGGCCAUACCGGGCCUGGUGAGAACACACCUGGACUCUGAGGGAGACAAGGAGGCACAGCUGGCCUCCCAACUCUCCCGCUCCACAGAGCCCUGUGAGGAUGAUGAUCUGGAGGCAGAAGCAGACAGUCCAGAUAUGGAGCCGGGAACAGAGAUGGAUCAGGAUGACAUCCCUUCAGAUGCAGAAGCUGAGGCUCGCUUGCAUCAGUCCGAGUGCGUUGACGUGCUUCCUGAGGAGGACAAGAGAUCAGAAAGUCAGAGAAUGCCCUCCAGUAUCGACGUUUUCAACGCCAGCCCCACUCAAAAUAAAGAUGUUGUUCUUUCGCCGCUCAAACCUUCUCCAGAGCUCGAAUCAAAGAUAAGUCUGUUGAAGUCUCCUGGCAGUCGCUUUUUCCCAGAUCCAUUCAUAUCUGAGCAAAGGGAACCUGAAAGGACUACGCCAUCUUACUCUCCAACUGCACAGAGCCCACUGAGCCCUUCACCUGCUCCAGUCCAGGACCCUUCCUCUGUCCCUUCCCCAACUGCUGCUGCUUCCCCUGUCGGUGUCCCGGCCUCCUCCCCCCUGGGUUCACUCAUCAAAUCACCCAUCAGCUCUCCGGUCAAGCCAACAAUGGAGUCCCCCAUUAGAUCCCCUGUUAAGUCACCUGUUGUGUCCCCAAUCUGCUCUCAGCCCACCCCCCUUCCAGAGACUUGCACACCUAAAUCUCCUGUCUACCCUCAGCGCUCAAUUUGCCCUCUAACUGGGAACCCCCUCUCCCCAAUCUGCGCUCAGCCUUUGCCCUGCCAGGAGCCUUCGUCACCCCUCCUAUCAGACUCUCCCGUCAGAUCUCAGCCCAUCCCCGGAGUCACUUCUACACCCAUGACCAAAACAGACAAGGUCAUGCCUGAUCUCUCAAAGUGCGAAGACUCCUCCACAGAGGAAACGCCAUCCAAAAAGACAGACAUCAUUGAGGAAUUUUGGCAAAAGAGUGCCGAGAUCAGGAAGAGCCUCGGGUUGACACCUUUGGACCGCACAAGUAAAAUCUUAGAGAAGAGUGUUGUGAUAUAUCCAGCACUGGACUCCACCCCUGUAAAGGCUCUGGAUGUGCCCGAGGAACAGAAGCCCGCCUUUACUGGCCGAGCUGUCAUUCGCAGGCUGAACAUCACUCUGGAGGGCCAAGUCAUUACCCCCAUUUCCCCCAAGAGUAAUGGCUCCGAUAAGAGGGACCUGAGCAGCAGCUCUGGCUUAGGCUUGAAUGGGAGCAUGGCCACGAGUCAGACAGCAAACAGUGACAGCUUCAACACGUCCGACUCCACCAUGCUCACCCCGCCCUCCAGCCCGCCACCACCUGUGCCUAGUAAUCAGUCUCCAGCCAUGCUCAGGCUGCAGAAACACCAGGUGUCCUGGUGCAACGGGACGGAAAAACAUCCCCCCGAGAAUGCCAAAGAGCCGGCCAAAAUCAAGAGUCCCGUUCCGGCGCCGAGGACACAAUUGAGCCCUGUGUCCGUGCCCAAACCUGCACCCAGGAAAGUCAUCUCGCCUCAGGCUGAAACGGCUCCAGUGGUCGUCAUGAGGGAGAAGAAGAAGAAGCCACGGCCGCAGGAGGUGAGGAAGUCGUUUGUGGAGACGGUGGAGGAGAUUCCGUUUGCAGAUGACGUGGAGGAGUCCUACGAUGAGCGGACGCCAGAAACGAGCAUGAACAGGUACUACACCCCCCCCACCAGCAAGCCAAACCGGGACAGACCUCCCCUGCAUCUGGCUCUAGCGAUGGAAAACGGUAAACCGAACAUCCCUGGAAAUGAAGCUUUUAAGUCACAGAGGGCAACUCAAUUCUCCCCGGAGGCUAAGGAGAUCGCAGAGGAGAGAAUGAAGGCCAGAGAGAAGUCGGUGAAGAGCCAGGCACUAAAAGACGCCAUGACCAAGCAGCUAAACAAGAUGAAAGAAUCUGACACAGACAAGGGGGCGGCACCUAAAGUGGCCUUGGGCGUAACCUCAGAGGGUAAAAGGUCAGCAGGAUCUCCGAAGACAUCAGCCGUGAAAGCUCUGGAGUCAAAGAAGGCCGAGAUUUUACCGGAGCGUUUCUUCAGCAGCAACAAGAGUCUGGACAGCUCGGUGGCCUCGUCAGACGGCUCGAGCUCAGGCAAGAGCAAGAAGAGAAGUUCCCUCUUCUCACCACGCAAGAACAAGAAGGAGAAAAAGGCCAAGAACGACAGCAGCAGACUGCCCGGCACCGAUGAGACACCGCCCAAACACAAGUCGCUGUGGAAGGCCGUGUUCUCGGGGUACAAGAAGGACAAAAAGAAGAAGGAUGAUAAAUCGUGUCCCAGCACACCGUCCUCAAGCUCCACCACUCAGGACUCUGGGAAGAAGAAAGUCUCACCUACUGGGAAAUCAUCAGACUUGAAAUCCCGCAGAAACCUGAGCUUCUCUGAGGACUCGGACCUUUCCUGUGAUGAUGUUCUGGAGCAGUCCUCGCAGAAAUCAAAGGCAGAUUCUUUAUAUGUCCCUCACGCACUGGCGUUCAAGAGAUCGUACGCCACAAAGAAAACCUACACAGAGGAAGAGCUGAAUGCCAAGCUGACCCGAAAGGUCCAGAAAGCUGCACGACGGCAAGCCAAGCAGGAAGAACUGAAGAGGCUGCACAGAGCUCAGAUCAUCCAGAGACAGUUGGAGCAGGUGGAGGAGAAGCAGAGGCAGCUGGAGGAGAGGGGGGUAGCUGUGGAGAAAGCUUUGAGAGGAGAAGCAGACUAUUGGGGAGAUUCUAAUUACAGUGAAAUCCUGGACUUGCAUCUGGGCGUUGAGCCCUAUGUGGGGAUGCCACGCCGAAGACCCCUCUCCUUGUGCCCCUGCUGGUCCCCUGAAGGCAUGGGCAAGAAGGACGACCCCAAGCUAAUGCAGGAGUGGUUCAAGCUGGUGCAGGAGAAAAACGCCCUGGUCCGCUAUGAGUCAGAACUUAUGAUAUUCGCCAGAGAGCUGGAGCUGGAGGACCGACAGAGCCGACUGCAGCAGGAGCUCAGGGAGCGCAUGGCUGUGGAAGACCACCUGAAGACGGAGAAGGAGCUGAAUCAAGAGAAGCAGAUCCUAAAUGAGAUGCUGGAGGUGGUGGAGCAGCGUGACGCCCUGGUGGCGCUCCUCGAUGAGCAGAGGCUGCGGGAGAAGGAGGAGGACAAGGACCUGGAGUCUGUUAUGCUCUCCAAAGGCUUCAAUCUCAACUGGGCUUAAGAGGAGAGAAAUAAUUGCUCAUCAAGUCCCGGGUAAAUGUCUGAGGCGGUCUCUGCCUCUCAUGGUCAUCUCUGAUCAGGAUACUCUGCUGAACACCUGCAGCAGUGAAUGUGUAAAGACUCCCCCGACACACGCUAAAACACUUCGGCUGCCUCUGACAUUGAAGCGGUCCGCGACGUUUACAUAUCCUAUGCCCAAAGGCAGUCCCAAGUUAAUCACUUUGCAGUUUUGCUUGCUCUCUCUCUCUCUGAGGGGAGUACAUUCACAGCUUUAUCAUCCCAGCCUUCAAGUGGAUCCUCUCAACAAAAAAAAGGAGGCCUUUGGGAGAAUGUUUGAAAGACUUGUUUCAUUCUCGAUUAUCUAAAGGGAAGAAUGCAGUUUGGUCCUGCUGAUGUAGAGGAAUUGUUUUGUGUAUAGUUGUGUAGAACAAGUCACAUAUUCGGCAGAUAGGGGUGUUUUCUUUUUUUCUGAAAAAGGACUGCUACAGAUGAGUGUUUACAGUAAGUGCUGGAGGGAAGUCACCGGGGUCAAUCUUCUUUUCAGUCUGACUGUAGGACGGACAUCCUCUGCUGAAGCUGCCUUUCUAUCCAGUGACAAACUGACUCCUUGUGAACCAUAAAGACACCCCCCCCCCCCCCCCCCCUCACAGUGUUCUCAUGAAUCAACACUAACAAUCCAUUAAAUAUGGCCAUGGGUUUUAUGUAUUUAUUAUCUUUGUUUGCUUUUAACACAUAAACCUUUUUGUUUUUGCAUUCACAGGAGAGUGCCCAGAAUCUCAUUAUCGAGUAUUCGUGCAUGGCUUAGACGCUCCCAUAAGCCAUUGCAUGUCAGGAAUGAAGGCUGCAGGCACAUAGAAGAACUAUUUGUUAAGCUAGAAAAACAGAAUUAUAUAUAAACACUUAAGCAUUUCACAAGAGUCAACAAUGAUGGGCCUCUCCUUGACAUGCCACUGACUGCAUAUCACGCUCACGGUUUACAAAUAUGUUUUCUCGCUUUGGUAAACAACAGUGAGGUAAAACAACUGUUGAAAUAAUCCAUCUUUGAAGGAUCUGUCUCUUCAAUUUCAGAUGUGUUUCCGACCUUGUGUGUUAUCAUAAAUUAAGCCGGUUUCACAGUUCUUAAUGGGAGAUCCGCGUAGCUUACAAUACUCAUUUUGUGCCACAGGACUGUCUCUGUUGGUGGAUAUGCUGCAAUAUCUGAAGAGUACACCACGAGGACUUACACACCACUCACAUCACUAAACAGCAGUGUUACUUUACUCUUGAACAAGAUGCCUUUUAUUCUCCUCACUUAAGUUAUAUUUUAUUUUUCUGAGUCAAUGUUUUUGAGGUAGUCACAUAUGUGUAUCCCACUGGAACUCAAUACUUUUUAUUUCUCAUAAUUUUCAUACAGCAGGUCCCCAAACAUACUAACUGAUUUUAAACAGGGGGGGAUGAAGAAGUGCAAGGUGCUUUAUGAGCAACUUGCAUUAAACAGAACCGUUAUAUCUAGUGGGCAGUCAAAUCUAAUAGCCUUCUUGACAACUGUAAACAAUCCAGAUGGUCACAGAAACGCUAGAGGCUAUAUUUAUGACUUGGUAUGAGCUGUGAAUAAAAAACAAAGUGAGAUCAUUUUAAGGGUUGUUGUUUUAGAUGGUGUGUGAUAAGUUUGACAUGAUUGUAUUGAUAUUUAUUAACAAGUGUGCAAACUGUAUUAUAUGUAAAGAAAAAAUGAAUCCUAAUUUUUAAACUGUUCUGUUGACACAUGACUUGUAAUGUAAAUGCUUCAUGUAGCUAAAAUGCAUAGAGGUGUUGGAUGUAUGCUGAAACGGCAAUAAAACAAUGCAGUUGUUCUUUUAAA